GUGGGCCAAACAAAAAUAGUUUAAAAAAAAAAAAGGAAAUUUAAGAAUAAAAAAUUAGGUUAGCUGCCCGAAAUUACGGGUAAGAAACGGAAAACACAAAAAAUCUUGAAGCCCUCAACUCUGAGAUGGCAUCGACGACAGCCACCGCUCGAGCCGUCGUCUUCUCCCGCAUCACCACCUUGUCCGCGAAACCUCUCCCACCUUCUCUAUCUCGCUUCUUCCGUAACCGUCACAACCGCCCAUUUUCCGCCCUAACUGUCAGCUGCUUAAACAGUGGCGGAGUCUGCGACGAUGACUACUUCGUAUCAACGCAGAAAUCGAAUUUAGAUCGUGGAUUGCUAGUAAUUGCUAAUAUGUUGAAGAACAUCGAACCUCUCGACAAUUCCGUUGUUUCCAAGGGGGUUUCUUAUUCCGCCAAGGAAUCCAUGAAGCGGACUAUCUCCACUAUGCUAGGGAUUCUUCCAUCUGAUCACUUCUCCGUUUCGGUUUCCGUCUCCACUCCUCCUCUUCAUCGCCUUCUAUUCUCUUCUAUCAUCACUGGGUAUACGUUGUGGAACGCGGAGUAUAGGGUUUCACUGAUGAGGAAUCUGGAAAGAGCAGCACCGGGCGAGGAGGUGGCGGGGGAGACAGAGGAAGCUAUUAGGCAGCGGCAGGGAGAGGUGGUUGAGGAGAAAAGGGAGGAGAGAGCGAGUCAAGGUGAUGGCUUUCAAGAAUUCGAGAAGAUUAGGUCGAGGGUUUCCGGGGAAUUGUCGCCAGAGGCUUUGAAGUAUAUUGAAAAGCUGCAAGCGGAGUUAUCUGAUGCGGUGGAGGAACUGAAUGUGGAGAAGGAGAAUGUGCAAAUAGAAUGUGAAAAGGAAAACAGGAAUGAUUUGUUGGAGUAUUUAAGAUCCUUGGAUGCCGACAUGGUCACUGAGUUAUCCCAACCAUCAUCAGUACAAGUCCAGGAAACAAUCCACCAGCUUGUUCAAAACAUAUUGCAAAGGCCCUUUAAGAAUGAGCUUAAGAGGGACUCAGGGAUAGUGAACAAAGGAAAUAAUCAUCAAGAUGUUGCCGAUGAAACUUCUGGCACUGUUGGCACUUCCCGGGAUUACCUAGCGAAGCUGCUUUUCUGGUGUAUGCUAUUAGGUCAUCAUUUGAGAGGCUUGGAGAACAGAUUGCAACUAAGUUGUGUCGUCGGAUUAUUAUAGAGUAAGGUUAUAUUACCAGGGCUGCUAGAAGUUGAGUGCAAAAUUCAGAGCCAGGCAAGAAUAAAGGUAGUAAAUUAUAUCUAUAAGCCUGUGGAAUUGUAGACCUUUGUUGCUCCAAUUGUUUAAUUUUGUUUAACCCAUUUUGACACUUGUGCUUGAAGUAUAGUCGGAUAUGGAUGCGGAGAUAUGAACCUAUCCUUCAUCCAACGACUCCAAAUGCAUCAAAAACAUAUGAACCUUCAUCCAAGGGCUCCAAAUUCACUAUAGUCUUUAAACAAUUGAAUAUAACCCCAUACCCCAAUGUGGGACACUUAUUGAAUGUACCUCAUAUGGGACACUUGUAUGUUCACCCACCGGUUAAUUGAAUUCACAGUAUUGAGUUUUUCUAAA